UAGGUUCCGACAUGUUUAUCAUUUUGUAAGAAUUGUUUUAUGUCUUUUAGUAGGAAAAAUAAUUUGCAUCUCGGUAUCUGACGUUCCUAGAUGUUGUAUCUUUAAUUAGUCUUACCAUCCAACGAAUCUAAAUUAAAUAAUUUUGUACAGACGUAAUAUGCAAUGGCCAGCUGUGGGCUACCCGGAUGCCGUUCAACCGUAAGCGACAAGAGCCAAGGCGACAGUAGAUUCAAAGGGCCCUGUGGUCUCCCUGACUGCCGAAACGAAACAGCAGCCAGGGCUCAGACGAGCUCCACACGCGCAGGCGGUUCGGGGCCGAGGGAACUGAACUGUGGUCUCCCAGGAUGUAUGGACGAAAAAGCUGCCAAAGAAGGCAAGGAGGUCUGCUUGUACAGAGGGCGCGAUAGCUCGGUCUUCGGUCGGCUCAGUGACACAACCAAAUUAUUCUGGGCCACUUGGAAGAAAAUCCAGGACGACCCAUUGUACUGGUCUCUGUUCAAGGCCAGUGUUUACUUCUUAUUGGGGCUGAAGCUGUUUGGAGACCUGGCUGCUGAGUUCAAACCAAUAGCCAAAUGCGCGCGGGGAAGAUAAUGUUUUGAUGAAAUAUUUUCCUUA